AUGAGGCCAGUUCUCACAGUGGCGAGCAACCCACAGGAUGCCGCCGGUGACAGCCUGGACAUGCCAGGCCUCGAGAUGCCGAGCAUAGACCUAUCGCAUGAUUGUCAACAAGGAUGCCUUGGCUGCAAGCCCACGCGGAGCAGCCGUAGAGGCAAGACCUUGUUCUUGGAAGUACCGAUGUCUACAGAGGACGACCACCCCGCGACAGUGGGAAGCUGCACAGAGCACAAUCUCGUAAAGUCGCGCUUCAGCGUCCGCAACAUAUGCUGCGAUUCAGAGGUGCGCCUUAUUGAGCGCAUCGUACAGCCACUUCCUGGCGUCCAGAGCGUGUCGGUCAACAGCUUCCAGAAGCUCUGUCUCGUUGAACACUGCUCGCCAUGCUGCACCCCCCCGGAGACAAUCCUCAACAAGUUGAACAGCUCGGGGUUGGGAGCUGCUCUCGUCGGACAGGGGGGUGAUGAGAUUCACCCACAGCAACUUCAUGGCCGCGAAUGGUGCCGGCGAUAUGCUCGCUGCUUUGUGGUUCUUGGUGCUGCUCUGUGCAUGGUUGCAAGUGGUCUCAUGGAAGGUCUGGGCAGGGGAGGUGCCACCUUCCAGCUCAUAGCGGUCUUCAUGGGACUGCCAGGCAUUCUCUGGGAGUCGUGUGUUGCACUGAAGCAGCUUCAGCUGGAUGUGACCUUGCUUGUAUCCAUUGCAGUUGUUGCUGCAGUGGGGCAUGGUGAGUUGUUUGAUGCAGCGUUGGUCGUGCUUCUGUUCAACAUCGCGAAGGUCAUCGAGGCAGCUGCCAUCCGACGUGUAGCCGUGGCUUUGCGUGUAGUGAUGCAGCUGCAGACAGUCCGCAGCGUGCAACGAGCCAAAGACGGAAAACAAAUGCAAAUUUCAGACUUGCAAAGUGGAGAUGUGAUUUCACUUCGGCCUGGCGAACAGUGCCCUGCAGAUGGGCUUGUGUCAGCAGGACUUGCCUCUUGCUCCGAAGCUGCUAUGACUGGGGAGGCUACGCCAGUUGAAAAAGUCAAAGGUAGGGAGAUCUCUUCUGGAACUUUGGUCUUAAAUGGCUGCAUUGAAGUCGAACUGACAAAGCCUUCCUCUGAGUCACGCCUGUCGGAAAUUGAAAGCAGAGUGCAGGAGGCACAGGCCAAACGAACUGAGAGGCAAAUGAUGAUCGGUAGAUUUGCGCGAGCUUGGACCCCUGUGGUCCUCGUGGGCGCGCUCGUGACCAGCAUGGUGCCAGCCGUGCUGGGCGGGGAUUACACAGAAUGGCGUCACCGAGCCGUCGUGCUGCUUCUUAUUGCAUGCCCAUGUGCCAUUGUGAUCGGUGCUCCUUUGGCAACCACCUGUGCUAUCGCAGCUGCGGCCUCGAAUGGAGUGCUUAUCAAACGUCCAGACACAGUCGAGCGGCUGCCAGCAGUAGCUGUCGUUGCUUUGGACAAGACAGGGACGCUUACGAAAGGCGAAAUGACUGUUCUUGAUGUCCAGAGAAUGAACGACUGCACCUGGGAUGAGACGCAGGCACUGAAGCUGGCCGCGGCAUUGGAGAUGAAGUCUGCUCACCCCAUUGCUGCUGCCAUUGUGUCAAGGGCCUUGGGCUGUAUUGGCACGGCAUAUGGCUCAGAAACAGCUACAGUAAAAAAGGUCCGCGACUUGCCGGGCGUUGGAAUUCAAGGUCAUCUGCUCGUGGGCUCGGACGCUAAAGUGCAUAAAGUGCUCCUCGGGAACAGCAAGGCACUGGACUUGGUGAAUGCUGAUGCGCACUCGCAGGAGCAGUUUGCCAGUUUCCAAGAGAUGCACAUGAAUGAUACGACAGUGGCUUUGAUUAUUGAUGGCAAGUUGCAAUUUGGUUUGGCUUUGAAUGACACACUUCGACCAGAUUCCACCAGAUUCAUUGAAGAGCUGAAAGGCUUGGGAUUGAGGCCAUACAUGUUAACAGGAGAUUCUGAAUGUGCAGCAAAGCACAUCUCCGCCUGUGCUGGUCUGGAUCCAGGAUCUAGCCUCUUCUCCAUGACCCCGGAUGAAAAAACUGAGUGGGUUGAGACUCAGAAUGCAGCAGGCAGAAAGACCCUUAUGCUUGGAGAUGGCAUCAACGAUGCCACAGCCCUGGCAGUGGCCACCGUGGGCGUUGCGAUUGGCGAGACGGGCGCUGCUCUUGCCUCGCAAUCUGCUGCUGUUGUAUUGCUCACUGACAAGCUGCACAAGCUCACGCAGUGCAUCCGCAUGUGCAAGUAUGCAGUACGUAUUGAGAGGCUGAGCAUAACAAUCCCUUGUUUGCUCAAGCUGUUGCAGGGGGUUGCAGCUCUUCGUGGCGAGCUUGACUUGUGGAUGGCCGUUGUUGCCGAUUUGGGCACGCUGCUCUUGGUCUUGGUGCUCGGGGUGUCGAUUCUGUCGCGUAGAUUCUGGACAGACGAAAGCCUUUCCAAUAAUCUUGGAGGCAGUGCCAUAGUCGCAAAGCGACAGGGUUAUGAAGAGUUUGUCUGA